UACUGCUUUUGGGGAGGCCGUCCCGCAAUAUCCCACGAUACGGAUCAACGAUUGGGUGUAACAUUAACCAGGCAACCGCCGCGAAAGAUACGGGGUGGCGCCCCCAAUCUUGGUAUGGGCUGCAGGACACGAUAAAGCCGAGGCUCCCGCUCCAUGUACGCUAAAUUUCAAAGUCCCUACGUUAUCUCAGCCUUGUCUUUUUUACGUCUCUUCAGUGGCGAUGAAAAUUGACUUGAAAGAAUGCGGCCAAAGGUUUUCCGCAAACACGACUGAAGGCGAAGCGCUGCGUUUGCGAUAUGGCUGGCAUGGCCCGCUAGUCGGCAUUGCAUACAACAGCUCGUCGCAGAUCUCAAGAGAAGGAUGCCUGAAGGUCUGCGGAAAUGGAAUCGAUACCUACCCUUGGAGUGAGGUUUCCAGCACCAUUACUACAUGGAUUUUACCGGUUGUUGGCACUCUUCUCCAAGCUCCGUUUGAAAGCAACGCGACGAAACGUACGUUUCUUGCCAUCUCGCGUUGGGUGGGUUCGCCCAUCGCCUCGCUGUCCUACGUACUAUGGAACAUCAAAGUAUCCGCAAAGGCCGCCUUGAUGGUCGAUAUGGCUGUCAAGUACGAUGAAACGCCAGAUCGCAGGACUGAUUUCGGCAGUAUGAGAGAUUCGAUGUAUCUCUUGUUGGCGAUGAAUCAGUACACGCUAAAGCAGACACCCGCCUUGAGGGAGAAAGAAGCGGAAGGGUUACUCCGCAUUGUGCUGUUUAGCAAAGAUUUGAAGUUGACAGAUACGGAUAAGACACUGCGUCAGAUGCGGCGCAUUUUGGCUCGAGAAGUGCGUGAGAUGAGGAGACGGGGCGCAGUGCCAGUCUUCGUAUCAAUUAUGUGGUUCUUGUUUGCCUUCGCCCUCUCAAUACAAGCGGCUUUCGGUGACCUCGGUCAGAACACGACAGCCCACGACCUAGCACUAGGCUGCUUGCUCGCCUGGUUUCCAAUCUUGAUCAUGGGAUCCGUCGUUGACCGUAACCCUAUCGCGGCGGAAGCGAUUCGGAAGAAGCUGAAUGCGCUGGUCGAUCAUGUGCGUCACGCUCUACGCGAUGAGCGACAUCGCAAUGAAUUCGUCGAUACAUUCCAGGAUCAGCCCGAAUUCGACCAGCUGAACGUUUGGGUCGAUAACGUUGCAAACAAAGGCGAGGAUAUGUACGACUUCUUCGGUGACUUUGCAGGUCAAGCACGAGUCAGAUGGCAUUACGGUGCUGCUCAUCCUAUCCUGUGCGAUAUCGAAAACUGCUACAUUGCCGACAAAGGUCGCAACUGGCUUGCCAACGAGAAAGAAGCGCGCGUCAACCUUGUCAUAGGGCCAGUCAAUGAUGAAGGGCUCGUUUGGUUUGACAUUCGCGAAUUCUGGCAGGUCGCAAGCGCAAUCAUCAUUGUUGCUGCCAGCUGCGGCGGCGCUUUCAUCUUGAGUUUCUUCACGCCCACUGUUGGGCUGGGGUGUCGUAGUGGGGGUUACACGAUCUUCUUCACCGUUGCGUUUGGACUGCUGUUCUUUGAGAUGACCGUCUGGCUCAUCCUCUCGCCUUACGAAGUGGAACCACCCUGGCUGGUUAGGACAACCACACUACUUCACAACCAUACUACAUUCAACCGAUGGGAAGGUGAUGCACAUGAUAAGUGGAAUCACUUGAAAAGAAGAGUGUCCAGCUUUUUGGAUAAGACGCAGGGGUUAUUUGUUCGCUGCAUUGUUGGCCUUGCACUUUUAUAUCCGUGGAAUGAUAAGGCGGCUGUGAGAGAAAGAGUCGCGAGCGCCCUUCGCGGUGUGUUCAGAAACGUGGGGGCAAUGAGUCUACAGAGAAAAUGGGAAGUUUUCUUCUUCAGACCUGUUGAGAUAUUUAACGCUAUUUGGUUGGUUUACAUUGUCCUUGCCCAGACCUUCGGCUGGUACAAGACAUGCGAUUGUAUCACAUCGAACUGGGGUGGCGCUGGUGGCUACCUAGACUUCAGCGUGCAGGACACCUCGAAUAGCAGAUGGGUGCUUUGGUACUGGACAUCAGGGACUGUAUUGACAUCGACGGUUAUGUGGCUUUCCAUAUUCUACAUUACAGUCGAAUGGUGUCAGCAGUCCUUCCUAUCGACUGAAGACUACAAGGAGGCCAUGGACGGUUUACGCAAAACACGAAUGUACAGACACUGGAGCUUUCCCGUGCGCUGGCUUUCUCGACAGCUCUCGCGGUGGACAUUGGACCCGAUGGAGAAGCUCGCCGUUCUCGUUGGGCUUGUCAAGAAGCCCCAAAAAACGCUGCUCUGGACCAAAGGUCAUAAAUGGGAUCCUGUUGUUCCGCAGGCAAAGGCGAUGGUACCCGCCCAAAUCAACCCAUCUCCAUAUAUUGAGCUCACAGACUAUUCUACCACCGCACCGCAUAUGGAUACACAUAUUCACGAUACGCCCGCAAUGGCACAUUCUCUGUUCCCGCCAGCGAUUCCCACGCGCCGGCCUCGUAAUGAAAGCGAUGCAUCGCUACUUCCACCAAGCCGUACAAGCGACGAUUCCUCGUCGCCGCUCAUACAACGCCCAUCAGAGGCACACCACCAGCGCGUAGAUUCCGAGGGUCGUCGUAGCGGCGAAGGUCGUGUCAGCUUCGGAGAGACGUGGUCUCCUGCGACCCCGGCCGACGCAAGACCAGCGUAUGGUGGGGGGCUUGGUGCUGAUGCAACGGUGCACAGUAGGCAAGGCUAUCAGCGUGCAAACUCUGACCCUGGGAGCCUACCUGUUGAUAUUGCGGAAAUGGCGCAGAGCGGUCUAGUCAUUCAUUUUCGCAAUCCAGAUCCAGACCUAGAAAGGGGUCCAUUGUAGGGAUUACAAACAGAAUUUCCACUUAUAUGAUAUGGGGCUCGCGAUCCGUUUUGUUCUUAUGAUGCAUAUGUGUACGUGAUGUUAUCAUGCGAGCGCGUAGUUCAGGAGAAGCUACCUCAAGUACAGCUAUAGUGCAAAAAUCUAGAGAUCAUCUUCGCUACGAAUAUAUUCAAACAACCAGAUUC